CAACGGUUACUGCUGAGGCUACGAGAGAGUUUGACGUAGCAAUCAUAAAUACUUUUGAGGCCAUCAUCGGCUGUAAGCUAUCUGAGCAACAAAGGGUAAAACUCUCCUUUCGAUUCAGUCAAGGUGGAUUCGGUUUAUCUCAAAUGAGUGUUACUGCUCCAUGUGCUUUCUUGGGAGCUUGGGCGAGCACUCUACACCAGCUUCCUUUGAGAGUGCCCUCUUUAGCCUCUUUCUGUGAUACAGUCAUUACUCCAGCUAGGAUUUGUGAUGAUAGGGCUCCUUCAGUCUAUUCAAUCGCCGACCACCUGAUCGAUUCACUUCAGGAAAUAAAACUUUUUCACACUGAUAGACAAUCUUUGAUCUCUUCAUUGGCAGACUUGCCUAAUCAACCCUUCAAACUACAAUCCAGAUUGUACUCUCGCCACCUUGACACUCAAUUUCAGACCUUCCUGAAAGGCUGUUCAUCUGAAUAUGAUAAGGCAAGAGUCAUUAGCUGCGGUGGGCCUAUUGCUGGGAGCUGGCUGGACGUUAUACCAAAUACGCAGGAAUUCACUAUGAGUAACAUGGAUUUCCGUGUUGCUUCUUUGUUGCGACUUGGUGCUCCUCUGCCAGAAUUACAAGCGUUAGACAACUGCAUUCCUCAAUGUAAACAACCUCUUGACAGUAGUGGCUACCACAUACUAACGUGUAAAUGGGGAGGGGGAAUCAUUCGACGCCAUGAUCACAUUGCAGAUUGUUUAUACAAAAUGCUUACCUCUGUUGGAUAUCGAUGCAGAAAGGAGUUGCCAGAUCAAUUCGAUGGAAAACAAAGACCAGAUGUUGCUGUCUAUGACUAUAAAGAUGGAAAAAAACUUCUACUUGACGUUACCAUUGCUCAUCCUGCAGCUAGGAAGUACAUCUCUAAAAGUCAUUCAGUAGCAGGCUUUGCUGCUACAGAGAGAGAAAAGCAAAAGAACACAAAGUAUCUUUCUAAAUCUAGAGAGUUGGGGUAUCUUUUCAAACCGUUUGCAAUGGAAGUAUUUGGCCGAUGGAGUGAUUCAGCCCAAAAUUUUUUAUCGGAAACAUCAAAGUUCGCAGCUUCAUCUUUACAAAUAUCCAGCGCUGAGUUCCUCCACAUGUGGCGCCGACGCUUUGCCACGUGUCUUCAAAAAGAAAACGUUUCCAUCAUGUCAGAAAAGAUGAAAUCGCUUGUCCCAAAGACCACUGUGGAUGCCAACUUUCGUCAGAAGCAGCCUGUCAGAUGCUUUGGACUUGACUUUAGUUAAUUAAAGUAAUUACCAUAGU